GUGUCUUUCCACAUGACUCACUCUCCUAAUAGGGAGACCAGGUGAACAGGCAGGUGUUCAGAGCAGGGACCAUUUGAGGUGGGGCUGGAGGCUAGCUGAUAGCACACCCUCAGCCCUACCAUCCCUGGCUUCAGACUGGCUGGCUUCUCAGCCGAGGUCCCCACCUUUACAACAGGACUCAUUGUGCCUUGAACUAGACCCAGGCCUUCUUCUCCCUCUAGGAUCACAGCUGCAUGUGUAUAAACCCCAAAACACUACACACUCCUUCAGAGUCCAGGAGAUCAGUGUUCCCAGAGCCUACUUGGGAAACUACACUAAAACCCAGUUAGUGGCCCAAGGCCCCUCUUUCACACCCCAGCCAUUCCACGGCCCCACCUACCCCCAAAGACGGAUGCACCUUUCUCGGAGCCAGCAUGGAGAACACAGGCCCACAGCUUCUGAACUGGCUUUCCUAUUUGUCUCAUCCCCCAACUGUCUUAACAGUUUCCCUGAGGAAAAGCUCUUAAUUCUAGCUAAGCUGUUCUACCAACUCCCACCCCCAGGAGGGCAGGGCCAGAGGCUGGACAAAACUGUGCCUGUGGCUGGUGGCUCCCCUGAGACCAGUUGUGCCCAUGUCCUCCAUCAGUUCACAACAGGGACAGGCCUGACCACCCGUGUUUCAGGAGGCGCAUCCCAUCGGGGCCAGACUGUAGGGAGGCUGCUGAGAAGGCUGCAACUUCGUGGCCUGCGGCCGGUCCCGCAAGAGAUGGCCCCAGGGGCGCCCGCACUGCUGCUGCUGCUGUCGCUGCUGUCGCUGCCGGGUCUCCCGCCUCGCGCUGCCGGCUGCCCUGCGGCCUGCCGCUGCUACAGCGCCACGGUGGAGUGCGGCGCCCUGCGGCUGCGCCUGGUCCCGUCCGGAAUCCCGCCUGGGACGCAGACGCUGUUCCUGCAGGACAACAGCAUCGCGCGCCUGGAGCCGGGCAUCCUGGCGCCCCUCGCCUCCCUGCGUCGUCUCUACCUGCACAACAACAGCCUGCGCGCCCUGGAGCCAGGCGCCUUCCGUGCACAGUCGCGCCUGCUGGAGCUGGCGCUCACCGGCAACCGGCUGCGCGCCCUGCGCGUUGGCGCUUUUGCCGGCCUGGCCCAACUGCGCGUGCUCUACCUAGCUGGCAACCAGCUGGUACAGCUGCUGGAUUUCACCUUCCUACACUUGCAGCGACUGCAGGAGCUGCACCUGCAGGAAAACAGCAUCGAGCUGCUGGAGAACCAGGCCCUGGCCGGGCUCUCCUCGCUGGCACUGCUGGACCUCAGCAGGAACCAGCUGGGCACCAUCAGCCAGGAGGCCCUGCAGCCCCUGGCCAGCCUGCAGGUCCUGCGCCUCACAGAGAACCCAUGGCGCUGUGACUGUGCCUUGCACUGGCUGGGAACCUGGAUCAAGGAAGGGGGCCAGCGACUGCUCAGCUCCAGGGACAAGAAAAUCACGUGUGCAGAGCCCCCCCGCCUGGCACUUCAGAGUCUCCUGGAAGUAUCUGGCAGUAGCCUCAUCUGCAUCCCACCCUCUGUGCACGUGGAGCCGCUGGAGGUGACAGCCAACCUGGGUGAGGACCUGAGGGUUGCCUGCCAGGCUUCCGGCUACCCGCAGCCCCUGGUGACCUGGAGAAAGGUGGCGCAGCUUCGCGAGGGGCCGCCGCAGGCCCAGGCCCAACCUGAAGGCGGGGUGCCGGGCCCAGGUGGGCCCGGGGCAUCCGACACGGGCAGCGGCAUGCUCUUCCUCACCAACAUCACCCUGGCCCACGCCGGCAAGUACGAGUGCGAGGCCUCCAACGCCGGCGGCGCCGCCCGCUUGCCCUUCCAGCUUCUGGUCAACCUGUCCCAGCAGCUGCUGCUGGCGCCUGCGCCGCCCCGGGCCGGCGACCCAGUCAGCCACGAGUCCCUGCCCGAGGCGGGCGGCAUGGCCUUUCGCGCCCUGGGCCUGGCCACGCAGACGGCCAUCGCAACGGCCAUCGCGCUCCUGGCGCUCACGGCGCUGCUGCUGGCGACCAUGAUCUGCCGCAGGCGGCGCAGGCGCAAAAAGGCACCAGGGCCUCCCGGGGAGGGCGCGCUCUUCGUCAACGAUUAUUCGGAUGGGCCCUGCACCUUUGCGCAGCUCGAGGAGCUCCGCGACGAGCGGGGCCACGAGAUGUUCGUCAUCGACCGCUCCAAGCCGCUCUUCGCCGAAGGCCCGGCGGAGGCGGCCGAGGUCGCAACGCCCGGAAUCGCGCAGGGCCUCCCGCAGCAGCCGCCGGCCGCCUACGAGAUCCGCUGCUGAAAGGCGGGGGGAGGGGGGGGCGGACGCGCGCUGAUGACGCAAGCCCCACGGAUUGGCCGGGCUGGAUGUCCCCGCGCAUGCUCCAGCGCGAUCAGUAAAGGGUGGAAGCUGCG